GCUGGCGCUCGGGGCCACGCAGAUGGCGCUCGGAUGCCUCAUCGUGGCCGUCAGCUUCGCCGCCCUGGCGCUCACCACCUCGGCCCGUGUCCGCCACUCCUGCCCGUUCUGGGCCGGCUUCUCGCUACCGUGAGGUGAGCAGACCUUUGCCACGUCCUCCUGCUGUGUAUUCUGUACAGUAGCCCAAAGCAACAGAGCCAAGUGAGCAUGGUGCUGCUGUCAGGACUCAUCGGUGUCGUCUCAUGGAAGAGGCCUCUCUCCCUCGUGAUAACCUUUUUCAUGCUGCUUUCUGCAGUGUGUGUGAUGCUGAAUUUGGCUGGUUCAAUCCUUUCCUGUCAGAAUGCUCAGCUCGUCAGCUCGCUAGAAGGCUGCCAGUUGAUCAAGUUUGACAGCGUGGAGGUGUGCGUCUGCUGUGAGCUGCAGCACCAGUCUUCCGGCUGCAGCAACCUCGGGGAGACCCUGAAGCUGAACCCGCUGCAGGAGAACUGCAACGCCGUGAGGCUGACCUUGAAGGAUCUGCUCUUCAGCGUGUGUGCCCUCAACGUCCUCUCCACUAUCGUCUGUGCACUGGCCACGGCCAUGUGCUGCAUGCAGAUGGUUUCUGCUGACAUCCUGCAGAUGUUCUUCCCGCAAAGGUCCCACUCCGCCAACCCCGCCUGUGUGACUCCCCACGGCACUGUUCUCCACCAGACCCUGGAUUUCGAUGAGUUCAUCCCUCCGCUCCCGCCUCCACCCUAUUACCCCCCAGAGUACACCUGCACACCCUCGGCCGAGGCCCCAAGGUUGGUCUGCCCACGCUGCCCCACGGUGCGUGCCGGGUCCCAGCCACCACGGGGCCUCCACCUGGACUUCGCUUCCUCCCCGUUCAGCACUUUGUAUGAUGUAGCCAUCAACAGCCCCGGCAUGCUGUACCCCGCUGAGCUCCCGCCGCCGUAUGAGGCCGUGGUGGGUCAGACUCCGACCAGCCAGGUUACAAGCAUGGAGCACCAGGUGGCCGAGCCCAGCUCUGGGGACCCCACCACCACGGCCGGCUUCAGCUCACCAGCUCCAGCCAGUAGUCCGAGCCUCGCAACAUCAGAGGGUGCAACCUCACUGGGCCUGAGUCACUCGUCCCCUGCUGGCACUGCAGUCACCCCACCAUCCCUGCCUCCUGCCCCAAGCUCCCACCACCGUGCAUCCCCGGAGGCAACAGAUACAAGCCUACAAGCAAGGCCCAGUUCUGGGCGUGUGGCCCGCUCUGCCAGUGAUCCCGUCUCCUGUGCAUCCAGCGAGGCAGGUGAUUCCUCUUCACACCCCACUUUGUGUAGCCAGGACCUUGAAAUGAAACUGUCUCGGGCUGCUCUGGGGACAGUGUCUGCAUGUCGCUCUGCCACUGCUGCCUGUCAGCACCAGCUCCCACCCCCCAGGGACCCUGAAACCUGGAAACUCAACCAAGAGACAAAGCCGGAGUCCUUACAGGUGGUCUCCAAAGAGCGGCCCCGUUCACUGGUGGACAGCAGGGCCUACGCAGACACCAGGGUUUUGGUGGCCAAGUUUUUGGAACACUCACACUGUGCCCUCCCUGCUGAGGUGCAGCACGUGGUGGGCACCGUCCGCUCGGUGGUCACCUCUGAGGACCGCCCAGUGGAAGAGGCCAGCUUUGGUGCUGGCGUCAUGGACCAGCUGUGAAGCAGACACAGGUGUGAACAUGGACGCGGAUGGGCCUGGCACCUUGCAUGGGCUAUUCUUACCCAAAGCCACCGUGUGUGAUGGGGAGGGGCCUCCAGCCUGGCACGGCAGGGGACGAGUGGGGAACACCCAGGAGGAUCUUGGGGUGCCGCAGGAGCAGAACUGUUGGUCAUUCUCUUGAGGUGGAGCCAAUCAGUUGUCUUCUUGGGGAUUAUAUUUGCUACCUACUCUAGGAACCCAGAAAGAUGAUUGUGUCCUUAGAGAACUUUGGUUCUGUCAGGCAUUGAGAAGUGACCAGCACGACCUGAACACCAGCGCAGCCACAGGUGACACUCAUGUAACUUAAAGACAUUACGUAUCUUCCAAGGCAGGGCCAUGAAAGGAUUCUCCUUCAUCUUCAACUUAGUUUAAUGUUGAGUAGAUAGAGGACAACAUUGAGGAAUGGGGCCAUUUUCCCAUGUGGUUUCUGUCCCUUUAUAAUGAAAUCUUUACCAUGUUCUGACCUAUUACUUCCUUUAAAAGGAAAUAGAUAAUUUUAGCAUACCAGCUGCCAGGGCCCAGCUCUUUAGCCCCAGGGAUACAGGGCUGCUACUGGGCAAAUAGGUAGGCAGCAGGGAACCCCUGUGGCUCAGCCUCUCCUGGGAUGAAGGUGGGUAUCACCCGCCAUCUCCUGUAUCCCAGGUCUCCCCAGAAAGGCCCCCCUCUAUGGGCCUCCUGCCUGCCGCUUCCCCCAGGAUCCCCUCUCCUCUCCCUCUCUGACAAGAGCAGACACUUUGAGCUGUUAUUUGCCUCAUAACAGUAAGACCCACCUGGUUGUCCUUUGGGGGUUUCCCUUUGGCAUUCAGCCUUACCUGACUGACCUAGAUCAAAAUGCAGGGAAAAGAGCCUUUUCCUCUGGAACUGUACACCUCCUGCUAAAACAGGCAGUCUCUCGUGACCCAGAGCUGUCCUUCCCCCAGCCAGGUGGCAGGAGGCACACUGGAAUGGAGGGGACAGAUUCUGCAUCCUUUAUUUCCAUAAGAACAGCCACGGUGUUGGUUAAGUAGAAGCAGCCAGCACAUUGUAGGCACAGCUUGGGUGCCUUUGACUUUCUUGGUUGCCUCAGUCCAUUUUCUGGUAAUGUCCUACCACUGAGAAGGUCCUGCUGUGAUGUCCUACCACUGAGAAGGUCCUGCGGUGAUGGACCAGCUAAAUGGCAGCCUUUAGCAGUGCACUGCUGAGCGCAGGGGCCCUGCUUUGGACGAAGCAGCCCAGUGUCUGUAACCUCAUACGCGGUCCUGGGUGGAUCAGAGGGUGCCCACCAUUGCUCGGUGGCCAGCUGGGGACUCGUGCAGCUCUUUCCUAUGUUAUGCAUGGCCUGUGCCUAUCCUUGAGUCCCCCUCCUCAUCGCAUAUCCCCCACCCCUUAGCCCCCUUUCCUUUGACCCAACAUGGGGUGCACUUCUGUCUAUGGAAGCUGAGAAGGGGUGGCUUCCAACCCAAGGGUGGCACAGGAGUUCCCCGGUGAUGCUCAGGUGCCGAUGCCUUGACUGCUUUCUUGUUGUCACAGGUCAUUGUCUCCCUGAAGUUACUGAACAAAUGUAAAUCCAGCUUUUCGAUGGCAAUCUUAUCUUUUCCACAAGAGACAUACUAGAGAUGUGUUUAUGAAUACUUUAUCCAGGCUGUAAAAUGGGAAAUCUAUUCUCUAAUUUUUCUCAAGUGAUAGCUUUCAAAGUCCCCAAAAGCAAGUCCCCUUGCUUGUAAAGCUGAUGGCUUUUCAGAGUGGCUUCCCCUGAGCCCCUAGACAGUGAAUAUUUACAUCCCGGUGCCUUGGCCCUGGAAUCAAAGCAUUCAUAUCAUUUUCACGAGUUGGGCUGGACUGCAGCUAGCUUCAGGGGUGCUUGCUUGGGGGCCCCUGUAGCAGAUUAAGCCAUCAUGUCAGCUAAGCCCACAACUCUCAGACCUGGCUGCAAGCCAAGCAGAGGCCAGUCCCACCCUACUACUUCAGAAAGGAGGAAUGGCCACUGGACAGGCCAGCCGCAUGCUGUGUGUCCUCCACUUUGCAUCUCUGCCCCAGGGCCUUCUCAUGUGCCACCUGGGGCUCUUGGGCCAGGCUGUUUCCCUUCCACACUGAUGGCUGUGGCCUGGAGUCUCAGUCCCAACAUUUUCAAGAAAGCUCCAUCCAUGCACACAGGCACACAGGCACACAUGCUCAGCUGUGUGUUUGCUCCCGUAAGAACUCUGUCUUGUGGUUAAGGAAACUGCCCAGCUUUGUACCAUUGGGCUGGAACCUUCUGCCUGCUAAUAACAAGGCUGCCGGGGAUGAUAGGCCCUCCUUGGUCUGCCAUCCAGAACCGUGGGAACCCAUAUGAGCACUAAGAAGGUCAGAGCUCCAGACUUCCAGCAAAUGGCCUCCAGGGGACACAGGUGCCAGUGACAGCCACCCUGAUGCUCACAACUUGACCCUUCACCUCAUUCCCAACUCUGGACGCAACCCCCAGCCCCCAGGCAGCAUCAGUUUCCCAGUCAUGGGGAGGGGGUCUCCUCCCCAGCAUGGCUGCGUCUGUCCCUUCCCCAGCCCGGUCUCCGGCUCCUGUUGUGGCGGGUGGGAGCCGCUGACCCUCUGGCUGCCCCUGAGUCACUUCUUCCCCUCAGCUUGGCUGGGUCCUGGGGAGAGAUGAAAGGGAUCUGCCACCUGCUACGAUGCUGUGCUGACUCAGGCCGGGGCUAGGGGUGGUGUGAGGGUGCUGAGGUGGUUGAGCUCUGGACUCCAAAUGCCUGGCAAAUGAUGGUGUGGGGGAUGUGAUUCACAAGGACUUAAGGUCUCCUUUGGCUGGAGGCAAUACAAUGAACUGCUUGUAACCACAAAAACUUACUUCCAAUUUUUUUCUUUCCCCUCUCAACUCACAGAUGCUGCUGAGGCAGAAUGUAUAGGAAAUUGUUUUCAAGCCACCAGAGACCUGUUUGUACAACUGGAAAGGUUGUAUUUAUUUAAUGUACCUCAAGGUGUUUUAAUAAUGAUCAGUGUUUUAAUAAAAAGUAUUUCUGGUC